CCCUCAGUGCGCUGCCUCCCUCUCUCCUCGAGGAUCGAGUUCAAGACGGGCAAUCAGUUUAGGAAGUUCAGCCAGAGGCGAGUUUGGACUUUUUUUGAAUUCUCACCUCUCGAGCGUCAGGUGCGUUUGGACAGCUGAGGAGAGACAGAAAGAGAAGGAGAGAGAGAAAGAGAGAGAGAGAGAGAGAGAGAGAGAGAGAGAGAGAGAGAGAGAGAGAGAGAGAGAGAAAGAGGGGAACGCACAAAAAAAGGGAGAAGCAACCUGGAAACGUUACGGAUGCAAACGUGCCUCCUCUGAUAAAACCCUGAGAAACCGGACUUCAGCUGUGAAGAUUUUUUAAGAACUGAAGUUCAAGUGAACAGACAGAGGACCACCAUGAGGAAAGCUUCCUAUCCAGUGAGAUCCGCCAGCGCUCGAGCGAGAAGAACAGACCGAGAGGGAUCUGGCAUCACCAGUCCCACACUGAAACGGUCGUUUGAGGUGGAGGAGGCGGAUUCAUCCACGCACCCCUCGCCCCUGACCCGUCGGACCACCAACCCUCUCCGCUCAUCGACCGCCUCCACAUCCAGCCAACGGAGCUACGACCUGAGCUCCCGCAACUCUGACUACUCCUCCUCCUCCAGAUCUUCCCCCUCCGAGUCCUCCAACCCACGUUCCCCAAACACCGGCAUGAGGCGCAUUGAGUUGUCAGGGGGUCGCAACCCCGACACAUCCUCUUCCCGCCGCUCAGAAAUCUCCAUUGAGGUGUCCUCCAAGCAAAUUGACAACUCGCCCAGCGCCGGCAUCGCCCGCUUUGGCCUCAAGCGACCUGAGGUGACCCUGGGCAGUCGGAGCACCCCUCUCGACAGCUCCUCCAACUCCAUCUCCACUUCCUCAAACAGGCGUGCAGAGCUCGCCAUGACACGGUCCAGUGAACCCCCCGCCCCUCCGAGGAGGAUGGAUGCCCAGUUGUCCUCUGCCCCAGUGUCUAGGAUCCCUGACCCCCCCCAGAGAAAAGCAGAGACCCCGUCCCCCAUCCUCAGCCCUGCUGAUGGAGUCUCCCGGAAGCCAGAGAUGCCGGUCUUCAGACAGCCGGACGGUUUAGUGCCAGGCAGCACACUGGAGAACAACAACAACAACAACCACCCGCCUCCUGCCCCUAGCGCUCCCCUGCCUUCCCUGGCAGAGCCCCGGGUGGAGAGGGUGCAGUCGCCCAUCACAGAGACACCCACGUCCCGACCAACAGACAGGCCAGAGGUGAUAUCCAGCUACAGUGGCAUGACCAUGUCUGAGGCGGUGAUGCCCGAUGCUGUGGUGUCCCCACCGAUGGGCGGCCUGUACGGGGAGAAGGUCGGUGGCCCUGUGGUGGACUUCAGUUACGUUGGGAUCGACGCCAUUCUGGAACAGAUGAGGAGGAAGGCCAUGAAGCAGGGUUUCGAGCUCAACAUUAUGGUUGUGGGACAGAGUGGCCUGGGAAAGUCUACCCUGAUGAACACUCUGUUCAAGUCUAAAGUCAGCCGUAAGUCGGUGCUGGCUACUGCUCAGGAGAAGAUCCCCAAAACAAUCGAAAUUAAGUCCAUCAGUCACGACAUUGAGGAGAAGGGAGUGAGAAUGAAGUUGACGGUCAUUGACACUCCAGGCUUUGGCGACCAGAUCAACAAUGAGAACUGCUGGCAGCCUAUCAUGAAGUUCAUUAACGACCAGUAUGAGGCGUACCUGCAGGAGGAGAUCAACAUCAACAGGAAGAAAAGGAUCCCAGACUCCAGAGUUCACUGCUGCAUAUACUUCAUCCCCCCAACCGGACACUGUCUGCGGCCUCUGGAUGUAGAAUUCAUGAGACGUCUCAGUAAAGUGGUCAACAUUGUCCCAGUCAUUGCCAAGGCAGAUACACUCACCCUGGAGGAGAGGGACUUCUUCAAAAAGAAGAUCAGGGAAGAGCUACGAGCCAACGGGAUUGACGUGUACCCUCAGAAGGAAUUUGACGAGGAUGCAGAGGACAGGAUGAUCAACGAGAAGAUCAGGGAGAUGAUCCCAUUUGCUGUGGUGGGCAGUGACCAGGAGUACCAGGUCAAUGGCAGGAGGCUGCUGGGGAGGAAAACCAAGUGGGGAACCAUCGAAGUUGAGAACAUAGCCCACUGUGAGUUUGCCUAUUUAAGGGAUCUCCUCAUCAGGACCCAUAUGCAGAACAUUAAGGACAUCACCAGCAGCAUCCACUAUGAAAUGUACCGCGUGAGGCGCCUCAAUGAGAACAACUCCGUGGCGGCUCACGCCAACGGAAUCCCAGAGCAUCAUCUCGCCGCCCAUGAGAUGUAGACGCCAGCUGCCGACCUCAGCUGUGUGCGACUCACCUGCUAUAAGACUUUUACCUUCAUCGACAGCCCCCCACCCUCCCCCUCCACGCCAGCCCGCACUGUCAUCGGUGGGACAGAAGCUUAAAACCUUGCCAGAGGGAGUUCAUUUUCAACGUUUCUGGCGGCUUAAUGAACAGUAGACGUCUGUUUAUUGCCUCCUUUAGUAAACACUACCCGUUCACGAUUGCGGACAGAGUGUGAAGAGAAGUUUGAGUCUUCAUGUUGCGCUGCAGCUUGAUUCUUCUUAUUUUUUUUUUAACCUGCUUCCAGAUUUCAGUUAUCCUCGGUGGUUUUUACUUGUGGUGCCAAAGUUUCCGGCUCGAACAGGACGGACUGACACGAUGCAAUAUGUUUCACACGGCAUCGUCUUCAUCAGUAACACGUUAACCUCGUCCACUUUCACCCAGUUUUCAAGUUUGAUUGUUUUUAGCAGCGUUUGUAAGAAUUGAUGCCGUAACAGAAGUUUUCUCCACACGCCUCUAUAAACGUGUGUGGGACGUUCUGACUUUCAUUGUUGCACUUGAUCUCUACAUCGUGUGUCAUUGACAUGUCGGCCAGUGGCUGUGCAGCACUUUGCCUACAUGUGACAGACACACACACACACACACACACUCACUCAGCUCUCACCCAAUAGUACAUCAUAUGUUUGAUUUUCUUUUUUUGUCAAAAGAUGUUUUGCUUUAUCUGAUUUGUUAUACAUGUGUAUCCAUGGUAAAUAUGGAUGUCAGGUCCUGGACGUCUCUUUUAAAAUUCCCGGUGAUACUUGUCUACGUUUAUUAAUAGAAAUAUCUUAAGAGUGAUUUAAGAUGAAUAAGUAUUUAUGCACGAGAUGAAAUGUGAACAUAUGCCAUGAGUUGUGGUCCACUUAUUCAAUUACUUCACACAGACAAACACACACAGACUCGUACUCUUCCUGCGUUUGGGCCUUUCCCAGUGCCUUAUUUAUUGGAGGGGGUUUGCUCGCAUGUUGGCUGAAACUGGAAACAGAGCAGGUUGUUGGUGCCAAGUUAACUUCUUCUACAGUCGACACGUUUAUGCAGCGGGAAACCGACCCACUUCUUUGCUUUUCCAUAAUAUACCAAGGAUCUUUGUCUGUUUGAAGCAUAUGUAAUUCUCUAAGCUGUCACUGUCAUGCUUUGUCCUGUAUAUUCCUCUGUGUUCUGAUACAUUUUUUUACUUGUAUUAUUAACAAAAAUUGUCCUUUUAUCUUAUUUUAAAGAAAUAAAGAUUAAAGUUGUAAAUAUU